AUGAUCUUUCAGGACGCACCCCGUGAAGCGACACUCGGGCCCCAAAACAACGUCAUCUGGCUCGCAGGCGUUGCCGCCGCCGCUGCUGCCGCUACAACCAAUGCUACAGCAACGGUGGAGCCGCCGCCGCCGCCGCCUACUACUCCCGCGGAGCCGCCAUCAAACAGCGAAAACUUCGCCAGGUGUGGCGGCGGCGGGCAGCAGCAACGAGGCUCCAACGAGACUCUAGCCGCCUCCGGCGGCGGCGACGCCGGCGGCCAUGCUGCGAUCUCCAUCGGUGCGGGCCGUCGCUUCCAAAGGGCCGUACAUGUACGGCGCAAGGACAAUCGCGAGCCCUUCAGCAUCACUCUCGACCUGCUGCGGAGCAAGUCCAAGGGGUUCUCGCUGGACAUAACUGAAACCGCCCGCGAGGUUGGCGUGUGUGCAACCGUCAUGAAGCGGGCGUGUCGUUCUCUGGGCCUUAUCAACGGUUGGCCGUUCCGAGUGUGGAAGCGUUGCAACUACCUGCGAGAUGCGUAUCUCAAGGACGCCAUUCGGAUGGUUUCAGAGGCCGCGGCCUUGGAGCAACAAUUUGCGCUGUCACCGCAGCACGCCGCAAAAGCGGCGGAGAUGCGGAGUGAAGCUGCCCGGCUCAGGGCGCGAGUCGAAGAGGUGGAUCCCCAUGGUGGGCGAGUGUGGUGGCGGACCCGGUGGGCCGGGAGCUCCAAGGAGAUCCGUUUUUCGUUAAUAAUGUCGUACGGUGGACCCAAAGCGCCCAUAGUUCCGCCACCCAGCGCGACGGCUCAGCUGCUGCAGCUUUCCGCUUCCGCUCCCUGCAUGCCCCGAAACCAGUCUGACCACCUGUCUAGGGACCUGGUCCAGGCCCAAAAUUUAAACAUUGUCGCGCAGCUAGACGCAGUACGGCAUCAGAUCGGCACCGCUGACAGCGUGCUCAGCGCUACCAUCGCCGCCGCAGCAGCAGCCGUUACCAACGGCAACUGCGGCGGCGGCGGCAGCGGCUUCAGGCGUCAGCGGUCUCGGAGCAUCACCAUAUUAGGCGAGACGCUGCAGGACUGCCGACAUCACCAAACGACAGAAAUCGUACCUGUCGUACAAGCAGGCGGCGGCAGCGGCUCUGGCAGCGCCGCGGUAGCUGAGCCGACUGCUCCUUCAGGUCCACGUACUCACGCGUGGGCGCUGCUAGGGCCGACCUCAGGUGGCGACGGCGACGAUGGCGUGCUGGCGGCGGCGGUGCGGGGCCACGCCGGCAAUGCCGUACCACAGUUUCCAGAGCAGGGCAGCAUCCCUAGCUUAAACGAACUAGCCGAUGUGGCAGCAGCGUCGGCGGCGGAUGGAACGCAACCGUUGCCCCUUCGUGGGUCCGGCAGCGGUGGUGGCAACGGCGGCGCCGGCGGCAACGGCGGCGGUGACCAUGCAGCCCCGUCAGCGAUGUCCGCGGCGGCGGCGGCGGUGCAACGGACCAUCGCGUCCCUCCCGCAUUCGCCGUACCACGCUAUGUCGUCCUUGCCGGCCGUGGCGUUUGCAUCACCGGCCCGUACGGCAUGGCUGCCACGUGUACCUGGUGGGGGCGGCGGUGGCGGCGGCAGUAGUGGCGCUGACGUCCUUGCCGUAUUCAGCACUGCUGAGGGGGAGCCAUUGCGCCGCCGGCAACCGUUGAACUCUUCGCCGUCGGCGCCGUCCUCCCCGCCGUCGCCAAGAGACCGCACGCAACCAGCGGCGGCGCCUCAGGCAUUGCAGCAGCAAGUUGCGCCGUUCAGGCUAUCACGCGAGUCCGCCUUGUCGUCGCUUGACGCUGCGGCCGCGGCGGUAGCAGCGGUGCCGUCGCCUCCGCCGUCACCUCUCUCUCCGCAGCAUCCCAGAGAUCAAGCUCACAUGUCCACACGGCUGAUACGAACGGUGCACGCCGCCAGCGGCUAUGCAGACCGGAUGCGCGUGCAUGCCACCGGCGCCGGCGCCGCUGCCGCCACUGUGGCGGCUGCUGCUGCUGCUGCUGGUGGCUGCCCCGGCCUUUCGCCGCGUCUGCCUGAGCCCCUCAUCUUGCAGCUGCAGCAUGGCGCCCAGCAGCAGCAGCAGCAGCAGCGUAUUGGCUUGGCGGCAGCGACCGCAACGGCGUACCUCCGCAAACAGCAGGCAGAUUCAGCGGCGGCGGCGGCGGCGGCAGCGCCGUCCUCGCCGUCGCCAUCUCCGCCGGUCCUCCAAGAUUUCGACACCGUCCCGUUUACCCAGCAGCCGCAGGGACAUGGCGCCGCCGCCGCCGCCGCCGCCUCCGCCUCUCCCUUCCGGCCCUACGUGCCCCUAACGCCUCGCAGCUCCGUACUUUUGCCUCUGAUGCCCCAGCCCCGGCUGCAGCCCCAACGGCAUCAGCAACAGCGCCAGUCGUCGGCUAUCCAAAUGACCCAGCGGGCGCCUGGCGUUGCCGGACCUCAGGCUCGCUCGCCACCGCGCCACGCGCUGCCGUCGCCGCCGCCACCACAGCAGCAGCAUGCGUCGGCGGCUGCCGCCGCCAACGCGGCUGGCGGCGGCUGCAACAGCUCAUCACCGAAGACAUCUCCGGCGCUCGGCGCUGGCGCCUCCUCUCCACCCAAGCCGGCGGCCGUGGCAGCCCCGCACGCUGCUUCAGCCGGCGGCAGCGCCGGCGGCGGCGGCGGCGCCUUAUCGUCAAUACUUCAAGAGCUUCAGCCCUUGCUGCCUGCUGAGGUCGCGGACCUGGCAGCGCAGCUCAGGGAGUCUCGACACCAGGUCCAGCUGUUGGAGCUUCGAGUGCUGGUGGCUGAACAAAAGGCUCAGGUUACGGAGCUGAAGCUGCAGAUGGCGGAGCAGCAGCGGACGGCGGCAGGUUGUGCGAUGCGGGACGUACAGGUAGAUGGUAGUCAGGAGCGGUCCUGCCGCAAUGGUCGGGCCUCGUUUCAUAUCACCAGGCUCCGAGAAAUUUGA